AUGUCGUCUCGCUACUCUUCCUCCUACACCUCCCGCUACGGCUCCGGCUCCGGCUCCUCGAGCUACAUUCGUGACCGCGAUCGUGAUCGUGACACCGGCAGUGUGUCCCGUUACACCGCGAACCCAAAGUAUACUAGCUAUGCUAGCAAGUACUCCGCUGACUCGAAAAAAUCGAACGAUAGUAAGCACGGUUUCCAGGCUUUCCGCUUUCUCCUUCUUCUAUGUUGCUUGUAUCUGUUCUAAAUUAUAUCCUUCCUAAUUCGUCUUUUUUUUCAGAAAUGGAGAACUACACCGCCGCUCCCAUCGCCAAGGAUGAGAUCGAAGAGCUGUCCUACGAUGGUAAGUGUGUUUCGCAAUUUUUUUGUUUCCUUUCCCUCGUUCCCAAAACAUCUUUUCUUUUUCAGCCAAGACGCCGACCACUCCGAUCGAGGACGUCAUCACUGCCACGCAGGAGGUGCUCCAGGAGAGCCAGAUCUCCGACUUUGUCGAGGAGGAUGACGACAAGCCGACCGAGAUCGAGGAGGUCAAGCUGACUCUGUCUUCGCAGGUCGACGAGGACGAGGACGAGGAGGUCCGCAAGGCUCAGGAGCUGCUCGCCUCGAGCACCCAGAUCCGCGACGCUUCGCCGAGCCCGUCGCCGAUCCUCUCGCCGAUCCUCUCGAAGAAGAGCUCGCCGGCCACUUCUCCGGCCAAGGAGGUCAAGUUCGCUCCGGACGUUUUCGACAACGAGAACCGCAGCGAGACGGAGAACCGCACUCCGAGCCCGACUGUCCUCAACGCCAAGGUACGAUCAUUGGUUUCAGCUAGUCCGGUUGUUAAUCAUUGGUGGUUCCAGAAGCUCGGCGGAAUCCCGUGGCCGCCAAAGGCCGCCGACAUCAAGAAGGACGCUGCGGACACCGACGGGGUCCCGAAGAGUGAGUUUUAUCGAUCGAAAUACAACAACAUCUACUAAUUGUUUAAAUUUCAGAGCGCGUCAGCGACCUCAUCGCUCGCUUCAACGUCGGAAUCAUUGAGGAGUCGAAGAAGAACGAUGCGGCGUACAAGGCCGAGUACGGGGCCGGAUCCAACGUCGGAAAGGUCCAGACUCACAAGUUCAACUAA